AUGGCACCCUCCGCUAUCUCCCAAGAAUCGACUACGCCCCAGGCUGGCGCCGACCCUCAGACCCAAGUCACCCUUGGAGGCAAGGUUAUCGCUAUUACCGGUGCCAACCGUGGAAUUGGCUUGGGUAUUGCUGAAUGCUGUCUCUCUAAUGGUGCUGCCAAGGUCUACUCUAUUGACAUUGGUGAGACUGGAGAGGACUUCGCUGUCUUGUAUAAGCGUUAUCCGGGUCAGCUUUUCGCUGUGAAUGCCAAUGUAACUGAAGAAUCAACAAUCACUGCUGCAAUUGAUAAGAUAGUUGAGGAGGCCGGUGCUCUGCAUGGAAUGGUGGUUAAUGCUGGACGAACCCACCACAAGGCUGCUCUUGAAUUUACCAAGGAGGAGAUCGAGAACCUCUUCAAUGUCAACCUCUUUGGAGCCUUCUAUACCGCACGCGCCGCUGCUCGUGCAUUUAUCAGGCUUGGAAUCAAGGGAUCCGUUGUCUUUACAGCAUCGAUGGCUUCCUACCGACCCAACAAGCGCGUCCCCUCCACUCCCUACGGUGCUUCGAAGGCUGGUAUUCGGAACAUGACCCACACAUUGGCUAUGGAAUGGGCACAAUACGGUAUCCGUGUCAACAGUGUCUCUCCAGGUCUUGUCAAGACUGCUAUGACAUACUGGGUUCCUCAGCAGCCGGACUGGGAGCAGCAACUCAAGUAUUAUGGUGGCUUGCCUCGGUUGGCCGAAGUGCAAGAACUUGGUGGUGCCUACGUGUAUCUCCUGAGCAAUGCUGCCAGCUACACUACCUCAAUUGAUAUUCCCGUUAACGGUGUUAUUGGAAUCUGCUAA